AUCCUACGCUUGCUUCCUCCGUUCCUACACUAUGUCCAUCGAAACCUCAGAAACAGCUCAGGCUCCUGCUAUCUUUGAUUCUCUGCCGUACUAUGACAAUGACUUGGAAAGGGAUCCGAGUCUGAAGGAAAGAGCAGAAAAACUCAUUGCUCGAGAAGUCCAGUCUUCAACAACAUUUCACCCUCGCGUCCCGCCACCGAUUGAAUUAUUCUCUAAAGACCCACUAUUGCAGGCUGAGCUUGCGCGCAUAGAGGCACACCAGCCACUACCUCAACUCGACACUACUCGUUACCAGCUUCCUGGACCUACGUCCGUUCCUGCGACACAGGAACAUUGGCAAGCUGCUCUCGACAAUGCCUAUGCGCAACUAGAGCAUCAAAGAAUACGACAUGCCAAUAUUGCGUUAAUGCAGAACUAUGGUGCUAAUGCAUGGCGGAUACAUAAUUACCUCCUUGAAACCACCACCAAAAACUUAGAGAAAGCACUUGAGGAGCUGAAGGAGUUGACUACUGAAGUAAAUCGGGAUAGGAAGAAUUUCCAAACUCGCGUCGGCAACCAACUCACAACACUUGAGACUCGGUGGACAGAACUCAUCUCAAGUGUCCUCCAAAUUGAGAUGGCAAAUAUUGCUUUGGAAGGAGAAAUUGAUAGACUGAGCAAAAAGGAAGCAGACCUUGCUGCCGCUACGUUGUAAUAUUUUGUGGACACGUGUAUUAUUAUAUCCCUGCUUCUUCGAUUUUGCUUUCGUCUAAUUGCUUUCAAGAAUUGCCUGGCAAACACAGCGUACACUCGCCCUCGGACUGGAUUGAUCAACCCCGGUAUCGAAUAACCCACGAUGCAUGGCAAAAAAAAAAAUAUCAAACGUAAUUUUUACCUGGUAGAAGCAGUCUAAGGUUCCUGCAUAGUUGUGCCUACAUUCCAUCCAUACGCCCGGCUCGUAGAAGAUAAUUUCUCAGC